AAAUGGAUAUCGAUAAAUACCUAGAAACACUCAAAAAUGCAAGGUGUUUGACUGAGAGAGAUGUGCGAUUAGUUUGUGAGCAUGCAAAGGAGAUUUUUAUAGAAGAAUCAAAUGUUCAUUAAGUGAAAGCUCCAGUAAUAAUUUGUGGAGACAUUCAUGGGCAGUUCUUUGAUUUGUUAGAGCUAUUUAAUAAGGGAGGAUAGGUACCAAAUGCCAACUAUAUAUUUAUUGGGGAUUUUGUUGAUCGUGGGUAUUGUAGGUUUUUGAUUGUAGAUACAAUUCUGUAGAGACAUUCGAGUAUUUGCUUUGUUUGAAACUUAAAUACCCAGACAACAUUACAUUAUUGAGAGGAAAUCACGAAUCAAGACAAAUUACUUAAGUUUAUGGUUUCUAUGAUGAAAUUGUGAGAAAGUAUGGCAAUGCAAAUCCUUGGCGAUAUUUUACAGAUGUUUUUGACUAUCUUCCUUUGGGAGCUCUCGUAGAUGGAAAGGUCUUGUGUGUUCAUGGAGGACUUUCUCCAGAAUUAAGAACAAUCGAUUAAAUAAGAACAAUAGGUAAGGAUGAUUGAAAUACUGUAAUUAGAUCGUAAAACUGAAAUUCCUCAUGAAGGUCCAUUCUGUGAUUUGAUGUGGUCAGAUCCAGAAGAAGUAGAUACUUGGGCAUUAAAUACCAGAGGAGCAGGUUGGAUAUUUGGUAAAAAGGUGACACAUGAUUUUAAUCAUAUUAAUGGCUUAGAAUUAAUUGCUCGUGCACAUCAAUUAGUUUAAGAUGGCUACUAAUACUGGUUUGAGGUAAGACCAUAGUUUAUCAUAGGAAUAACUGGUAACAGUAUGGUCAGCCCCAAAUUAUUGCUACAGAUGUGGUAAUGCAGCAUCUAUGCUUUCUCUUGAUGAAAAUUUGAAAAGAGACUUUGUAAUGUUCAAAGAAGUCCCAGAAUCUGCUAAUAGUCAACCACCCAAAAAUGUAUUACCAUAUUUCUUAUGAAAUAUAUAUUGACAUUUAAAAUAC